AUGCGAGCCAUCUGGUCCCGGGCAACAUCGAACCCGGGUACCUGCAGAUGCAUAUCAUGUGUCUCCAAUACCAACGCUCUCGCUAGACGCCAUGGGCGGACGGCUCUUCGCGGCUCAUGGGCAAUCGGCACACCCACGUCGACCUUUGUAUAUACGACCGUAUUCGCAGCAGGACUAGCUAUCGACGCCAAAGCAAAAGUUGCUAGGAACAAACAAUGGGAGAAGGCAUUUUCGCAGCUGGCUGGGGCUACAGAUGAUCGAAUUCCAGUGGGAGGAACGAACGAGACAGAGACGACGACGGAUGCUGUUUCCUUAACUCAUGGAUAUCACGGCUUGACCUUUGACAAUCUACCCAAGGACCUUGACUGGAAUGCUAUGCAGCGCAUUGUAGGCAUGGAACUGGACGAAGAUCAGAUUUUGGAAACACAAGAAGUCCAGUCGCAGAUUCGCGAUUACGCCGACAUGGCUUGGGAAGAUCUGAGAUUCGACUCGAGGUUCCCAGGCGCGCAGUUGCUGGAAUGGCCAGCAAACACAGGGGCUGAGCUUGUGCGUAACAAUCUGCCACCCCAGUCAUUAUGGGCGCCAGACAGAAUGCGAGUUAUCUCGCUACGAAGGCGACACACAUGGAAAAAGCUGGCUAUGCAGGAGCUUUCCAUUGGACUUCUCAUACACGACUUGUUGUAUGAUAGUAAUUGUGUUCGCUUCGCUGGAGCUGCAUCGGCAGGCGACGAGUUUGCCAAGUUGUCGCAUCAGAUUAGAGACGCCAUGUCCAUGACCCAGGACCAACGCAAGCAAGCGCGUCUGAACAUAUUAGAGGCCCUUGAAAAUCUCCACAGAACUCCCGUCGAUAGCCAAGUAGAUGACGUCGUCAACUCCCGGAUCCAGACGGACCACCCAGCAAUUCCAAGCUAUCACCAAGAUGUCGAUGGGGACUUCUACGCCAUUACAGACCAAAUGAAUCAGGGAAUCCAAGGGUUGCUUGAGGAAAUCCCCCAUGGCAAUGACCGCAAGGAAGCUGUGGCAGUCGCGAAGAUAUGCCAUAACCUUUUCGUCUCGUCCUCGUCCCCAGAUUUACAAACGUUCAACACCUUACUUAUUGGCUUCCGACGAUGGCGUCGUCCGAAGCUAGUAGACCGUGUUGCGGCUUCCCUAACCGUCUGCAAGAUCCGUCCGAAUGAGAUUACUUGUCGGGAACUACUCAAUCAUUAUGCUUCUGCAAGGCAUGGGCACGCUGACGACUUCUCGCGGUUCAUAACUAGGAUGAGAGGGUUGAACGAUGCGCUUAUGGUUGCAAACCCCAACAUCACCAUCAAUGAAGCCAGCCAAGGGCGGCUCGUAAGGGUCAACGAAGAGAAGAUCUAUCAGAAGGUUCAUCCUACGCCCAUGGUAUUCAGUUCCUUGAUAACAGGCGUCAUGAGGUUUGCAGGCUUCGACCGAGCCCUUGAUAUCUAUUACGAGAUGAAAGCGGACGGUUGGGGUCUCGACGUGAUAGGGCUGACGAGGCUAUUGAAUGAUUGUCUCCGCCGCGCCGACUGGGAGGGCGGCUUGUACGUGUGGGGUGAAAUCAGCAGCAUCAAAGCCAGAGUCAAACAUCACGACAUGGCCAAAGCAUAUUCCAACAUGCUCAGCUUAUGCUCCAUCACUGGUAACACUGUUGCAUUUAAUCAGAUCCUAAAUGAUCUCUCUAAAGGAGGUUUUGAUCGCGGAAAAAUUCUUGCUGCUGCCACGAAAGCAACGCAUGUAGCACGAAAGAAGAAAGAAUACCUUGCUCCCGCUUGGGUCGCAGACAACGUCAUGAUAGCCGCAUUCGCCUACAUCAACGACUUCAAAUCUGUAGAGUUUGAGGCUGAGGCUGCGCCAGAGAUGGUGGAUGAUGACAACACCAUGUUUUCUCAACACGAACCUGACGUGAUUGGAGCUAUCGAGCAUAAUACGACCAAUACAAAAGAAGUUUGGGCAUCGUGGCUAGAGCGUGAAUUUGGAGAGAGACCAAAAGAGCCUGAGCCAUGA